GUCAGGCUUCUCUCCUCCAGUCUGUGGAAAAUUCACUGAGGACGUUGACAGAGGGCAUUUUUAGGAAACCCACCCAAACAUAAAAGCUGGAGAAGGAGAAAUGAAGGAUGACCGCCUCGGUGGAACCACAAAAGAGGCUUAGAGGGAUGUGUAGUCCCCCCCUCAUCAUCCCAAAGUGAUGUGCAGAAAUGAGGUGAUCCGGGCAACAGGUGGAGCAGGCAGGCUCAAACUCAGAAAAUGAAAUACAAGACUUCCUUGGUGAUGAGGAAACGAUUACGGCUUUACAGAAACACCCUGAAAGAAUCAAGUAGCAGCUGUGGACACCAUGGACCCCAGCUCGCCGCCGCUUCGAGCCCCUCGCUAUUUCCGGGCCUUCAUGAGCAGCCUCCUCAGGUCUCUCACACCCGUCGUUUGAACGGACUCCUGCGUCUGGGGCUCCCUGGAGACAUGUAUGCAAGGUCGGAACCCUUUGCAUCGGGGCCUACGGCCCGCAGCGACACUUUGACAACAGCCACAGCCCUGCAUGGCUAUGGUGGCAUGAACCUGACCGUGAACCUCGCCGCACCCCAUGGCCCUGGAGCCUUUUUCCGCUAUAUGCGUCAGCCGAUCAAGCAGGAGCUUAUCUGCAAGUGGCUAGGCGAAGACGGCCCAGCAUCCCCGCGUCCCUGCUCCAAAACUUUCAGCACCAUGCAUGAGCUGGUCACGCAUGUCACCGUGGAGCACGUCGGUGGCCCAGAGCAGGCUAACCACAUUUGCUUCUGGGAGGAGUGUCCGCGACAGGGCAAGCCCUUCAAAGCCAAAUACAAACUUGUAAAUCACAUCCGCGUGCACACGGGCGAGAAGCCCUUCCCUUGUCCUUUCCCAGGGUGUGGGAAAGUCUUUGCUAGAUCAGAAAAUCUCAAAAUACACAAACGAACACAUACAGGCGAGAAGCCCUUCAGAUGUGAGUUCGAGGGCUGUGAACGGCGUUUCGCCAACAGCAGCGACCGCAAGAAGCAUUCGCACGUACAUACCAGCGACAAGCCUUAUAUGUGCAAGGUGCGCGGGUGUGACAAGUGCUACACGCACCCCAGCUCUCUGCGAAAGCACAUGAAAGUUCAUGGUCGCUCGCCGCCACCCAGCUCUGGCUACGACUCAGCAAUACCGUCUGCUCUCACGUCUCCCUCGUUAGAAAGCGGCCGUGAGCCCCCAAUAGCCUGCACAGCGGCGGUGGUGGUGCGUGGCACAGACGUGAGCGAAUGAUGUUUCUUGCAAGGUAAUCUUGCCCUGCGCAGCUGAGCGCCCGCAUCUUGCGCCUGCAACAUCAAAGGGCUUUCUCACAAAGCAGUGUUUCUUCGCCACGGUGC